AUGGCUAUUACCGUAGGGCAGCCAGCCCCCGAUUUCACCCUCCACGAAAAUCCGCAAACCCGCCACAGCCUCAGCGACUACCGCGGCAAGAACGUGGUGCUCGCCUUCUUCCCCGGUGCUUUCACCGGUGUCUGCACCACCGAAAUGUGCACCCUCAGCGACCGCAUCGACCAGUUCGAAUCUAUGAACGCCGUCGUCCUCGGAAUAACCGUGGACCCGCCCUUCUCCCAGGGUGCCUGGAAGGCAGCUAACAAUGUCAAUUACACCUUCCUCAGCGAUUACAACCGGGAGGUUGUGAACGCUUAUGAUGUCGCGCUGCCCGGCCUCGCCGGUAUGGAAGGCUACGUUGCCGCCAAGCGCGCCGUCACCAUUGUUGACGGCGACGGCGUCGUCCGCUACCACUGGGUGGCCGACAGCCCCGCCAACGAGCCCGACUACGAAGCAGUGCAGGCCGCCGUCGCCGCUCUGUAA